AUGGACAAGCAAAUUGAGAGACUAGUAAAACAAUGCAGGGGAUGUGCUAUGGCAGCAAAUGCACCCCCAGUGCAGAUACAGCCGUGGCCAAAAAUGGAUUCAGUAUGGUGUAGACUGCAAGUGGAUUUUGCAGGGUUAAUAAAUGGCUCUCAUUAUAUCAUCGUGGUGGAUAGCUAUUCGAAAUGGCCUGAAGUGUGUAAAUGUUCAAGGCCAACCACAAAUGUGAUUAUUGAAUUCUUGGAAGAAUUGUUCACCCGUUAUGGAGUGCCAAAUACUAUCAAGUCAGAUAAUGGCACACAAUUCACGGUGAAGGAGUUCGAAAGAUUCUGUAAGUUGGUCCAGAUGAAGCAUCGGUUAACCCCACCAUACCAUCCAAGGUCAAACUCCACCAUACCAUCCAAGGAAAGAUUUGUCGACACAUUCAAGAGAACCUUAAAAAAGACCAGAUGGGAAGCCCUUGAGGAUAGAAACAUGACAAAGUUCUUACAGGUGUACAGAAUAACACCAAAUCCAAAUGCAGAGUUGGGUAGAUCACCCACAGAUUUGAUGUUCUCCAGAAGGAUACGUUCUGUGUUUAACAAAUUGUUGCCAAGUAGAAAAUGGAAAAUACAAAAUUCGGGAAGUAGAACAAAAUUUUUUAACACUGAUGAUGAAGUGUAUUUUAAAAUAUAUAAAAACAGAAAACAGCACUGGGUACAAUGUAAUAUAACUGGACGUCUGAAUAACAUAAUGCACAAGGUAAAAGGACCAAAAUAUGAACAUAAAAGGCAUUUUAACCAAUUACAGGAAAGAUAUACCAAAAAUCAAGGAAGAAUUCAAGCCAGUUACAAAGAGAGUGCCAAGGCUCUUCUGUUUAGCUCAAAGUUUGAUGUUGCCUGGAAUGGUUAA